CUACAUAGACCAUAAUGACUAAUUCAAUAAUAAUGAAAAUGAAAAAUUUUUCAACCGAUUUAUUAAAUUUUAUGAUAAUUUUUCUAUUAUUAAUUGCGUCUAGUAUAGCAAAUAAUAGUUUUCAUUAUAACUGUACAUCGACAAUAAUCGAUUAUUCAAUAAAUUCAUUGGAUUUAAUUAAAAAUUGUACAGUAAUUCAUGGUAGUUUAACAAUAAAUCGAAUUGAUAUGAGUGCAAUAGGAAAUAUUGAAAAUAAUAAUAAUAAGAAUAACAUAAAUAAUUACACUAUAUUGAAUUUAAGGGAAAUUACAGAGUAUCUCAUUAUUUAUAAUAUAACAGGACUCACUAGUUUAGCUGCAUUAUUUCCAAAUUUAGCUAUAAUUAGAGGAAAAACUGUUUUUCAUAAUUAUGCUUUGUCAAUAUAUGAAAAUCCAGAUUUAGAAGAAAUCGGUUUGAAAUCAUUACUUUCAAUAUCAAGGGGACAUGUUUUCAUAGAUCAUUGUCCGAAGUUAUGUAAUGCCGACCAGGUAUAUUGGACUCGUUUAACCUUAUCUACGGGAAAUAAUUACAUACAGUCAACAAAUGCAACCAAUUGCCCUGUAUGUCAUGGUUGUUCAUAUUGUUGGGGAGAAAAAUAUUGUCAAUUUUAUGAAGGAUAUGAUUUAUUUAAUCAGAAAAAAAAUUUGAAAUGUCAUCCACAAUGUUUUGGAGGUUGCUCACAAGAUUCAUCAGAUAUGCACUGUUAUGUUUGUAAAAAUUAUAAUGAAAAUUCAAGAUGUGUGGAACGUUGCACUGAAAAUAGUUAUGCAUAUGAUUUGGAUAUGCACUGUUAUACAAAAGAGGAAUGCAUAAAUCAAAAAGGAGGGUUACUUUACGAAAGCUCAUUAGGAAAUGAAUGUGUUUUAACAUGCCCAUAUGGAUUUAUGGUAAAUGAAAGCACAUGUGUGGAAUGUACUGAUGUCAAUGAUCCUGAUUGUUAUAUACAAUGUGAUAUAGAUGUAGAGGAUAGUGAAGUUGAUUCUUUAGCACGUAUUGAACAGCAUAAAGGAUGCCAUGUAUUAAAUAAUUCUUUAAAUAUACGAUUAUUGGAUAAUUUAGAUGCUUCUGAAUUAGAAAAUAAUUUUGGUGAAAUUCGUAUUAUUCGGGGGCACUUACGAGUAUAUAAUUCACCGUAUAUAAAAAAUUUAAAAUUUCUUAAAAAUCUUCAAGAGGUUCAUGGUAUUCCAACAAAAAAUAAAAAUUUUGGAAUUUUAAUUUAUCAAAACAAUAAUUUAACACAACUAUGGGAUUUACAUCAAAUUCGAAAGAUAAAACUUAUUGAAGGUGGCUUAUAUAUUGACUCAAAUCCAAAACUAUGCAACUGGGAAAUUCAAACAAUGCAAAAAAGUAUUGAACAUAACCGAGAUUUAGAUUUCAUUGUGUACAAUGACGAAGAAAUAUUCUGUGAUAAAGGAAGUUUUGAAUUAGAAAUUACGGAUAAAUCUUCAAAAUCGCUUACAUUGACAUGGCGAACUCCAGUUUUAAAAUCCAAGUUUCAAUAUAUUCCAUCCAAAAUCAUUGAAAUAUUCUUUAGAGAAUAUUCAGAAAAUAUAUCUUUAACAUUGGAUCAUGAUCUUGACAAAGAUAUUUGCUUAAGGACAUCUUGGACAAAAAUUCAACUUAAAAAUUACAGAAGAAAUAAUUAUACUUUAACAAAUUUACAUGAAAAUACAAGAUAUGUAUUCAUUGUAAAAUUAUACAAUUCCAAUAAUAAAAUAGCAUCAGUUCAGUCAACAACAACGUACGCAUCAACAACACCAGACUUUACAAUACAACCAAAGAUUUUUACAACAGUUAAAAUGUAUAAUUUAAUUGGUAUAGGCUGGAAACUAUUACCUUAUCAAUUUAAAAUACUAACAAAAAUUAUAAUUGAAGUUUACAAAAUAACUGAUAAUCAAUAUGAAUUAGAUACACGAGAUUUUUGUAAAACCUUACCCGAAUAUUAUAGUAAAUAUCCACCUGCUUUUGAGAAAGGUGUAAAUGGUAAUGAAAUAAAAUGUUUAUAUGGCAAAACUGUUGAAGAAAAUGAAGAUGAUGAAUUCGAUACAAUAAUCCGGAAUAAAUUUCAAUAUUCAAAUUAUAAAUCGGAUAAUUAUAAAAAUUAUUCUAAUGCUAGUUCUAAUAUUUUAGCAAAAAAUAUUUCAUUUUUAAAAGAGAAUUUCAUACGUAAUAUUAGUAUUGUUCCAACACAAAAUAAUUUUCAAGCUAUUAAAAAUUUAACACAUGCCACAUUAUACAUGUUUAAGGUAUUCUUUUGUACUCGUAUUGGCUGUAACGAUUACAGAUUACAUUUUGAUAAAACCUAUCGUAUUAAUGACGGAAAUGCUAUUACAAAUACAACAAUAAUUGAAUCGGGAAAAUAUGAAAAUGGAACUAAAAAAUAUUCAUUACAAAUAUUGGAACCGAAUAAACCAAAUGGUGCUAUAUUAAGUUAUAAAGUACUUUUUCAGAAAUUUAUAUCAUCAGAAAAUCAUCGUCAAGGUGGUAUUGAAACACGAAAUAAAACCAUGAUAAGAUUAUUUUGUUAUAGAAAUAUUGAAAUGCAAAAAAAUAAUUUUACAAUUGAUUAUGAUAAAACUUUUAAUUUUGCAAUAUCCGUUUUAAGUACAUACGAUGAUGGUAAAUUUAGUCCUUUAAAAGGAUUCCAAGAAUCUAAUAAGAAUAAUGUGAUAACAGAAGAAAAACAACCUACAUUUUUAAUAUCACCGAAUUCUAGUACUGACAAUAAUAAUAACAAUAAAAUUGAAAAUAAUGAUAGUGUUGGCAGUAAUAGUGUCAUAACAAUUGAAAUUUUGGUAAUAAUAUUAAUAAUUUUGAUAGUUGGUGGUGUUAGUUGGUAUACAUAUAAAAAAUAUCCUAAUAUUAAAACAAAAAUUUAUUAUAACGUACAUGAUGAUCGUAUUGAUUUACUUGGUGAAGACUACAAUAAUCCUGAUGAUAUUGAUGAAGAAAUUCAAAAAGAAAUGGAAACAAUUCAAUUACAAAAUGAUCACUUUAGUUUAUAGCACUGAAAUAUUUAAUUCAAUUUUUAAAAUUAAAAAUUAAAAAUGAAGGAUA